AUGGAAAACAGGUUAACGAAAAAGGAGGAUAAUUCUGCAUCAAUUGAUAAUGCAAUAAAAUAUAAUGUUUCGUCAGAAAAUGGAGCACCUGAUACAGAGGAAGAGAAGGGUACUGAUUAUGAUGCCUUAGAAAAAAUAUAUCAGCAACUGCUGUCCGAGGAUAAAAGUAAAGAUGAAUUACAAGGUAAAGUAUACUGUAAUGAAAACACACAUCAUGAAAGUAUAGGACAACAGAUAUAUGAUAGAAUGAUGGCUUCUAACGAUGGAGGAAUAACUUAUGAUUGUAAUGCUUCUGAUUUGUGGAAAAAAAUGAAAGAUGGUGUAUUUAAUAUGAAUGAUGCAAUUUUAUAUGGUAUUGUAGAUUAUAGAAAUGCUUGUGUUGUAUAUAAACAUUUUCAUAAGCUUGAAAAAGAAAAAUACAUAGAGAUUAGAGAUCUCUUGUGGAAACUAUGUGUAACUAUUGAAACCUUGUAUAAUAUACAAAAAGAAAUUGUAGCGAAAGAAUGGGAUAAUCUUUCUUCUUGUGUCUUAAGUGAUAUAUUGAAAAGGGAUCAGAGAGAUUAUAGUGAUUUACAUAAUUUAAUUUUAGGAGGAAACUGCACCACAUUAAAAUUUGUUGAAUUUAUAUAUAACAAAAGGCUUUCAUGGUUGUACACUACGGAUACAAUAUUUUAUUUAUGGGCUGAAGUUUUAUCAUUUAGAUUAAUACAUCAUGGUGAAUAA